AUGCCGUCAAAUGCAGCAAACCUCUACAUCCUCGGAUCCGAGGCCGUCAAAGAGAAACCUAGGCUCAAUGAGGGCCAGACAUAUUUUAACAUAUUGACCGACGGAGAACUACUCCCGUCUCACCUUGCCAUUAAAAAGGACGAGCCACUUCAAAUUGCGGACGUGGCUACAGGAACGGGACAAUGGCUGCUUGAUCUCUACAGCCAACUGCCAGACUUUUCGUCCUCUCGGUUUAUGGGCUUCGAUGUUUCAUCAGCACUCUUCCCACCGCCUGAUGAUCUUCCUGCACGGGUUACGCUUCAUGGACACGACAUACGGCGCCCAUUUGCCGCUGAUUUCAUCCGUACAUUUGAUGUCGUGCAUGCAAAGUUUCUGAAGUACGCGUUUUGUAAGACAGAAUGGGAAGUCGUCCUUCACAACGUGAUAGCUCUUCUGAAGCCAGGAGGUUACAUCCUUUGGGAGGAUUCAGACUAUAGCCUAUACAGCUCUAUUCCGUCAUCGUUGGCAUUUACAGAGAUGGUGAGCGUUGAUAUAGAAUUUGCCCUGAAGUGUGGGCGGGACAUCAGGCAUACUGAAACUCUCUUUUACCUCUUUGAGUCAGUUGGGCUUACCCACUGUGGGCAGGCCACGCUGCUUUCAACCGAUAAACCGAAUUUAAGGCUUCUGGCGAAUGACCUUACGAUGCGACUCUUUUCAACUUCAUUGCAAGGAAUAGUUGCACAGGGUGGUGUGGAGGGUUGCCGCACUCAACAGGACGUGAAAACCAUCAUUCACAGAGUCCAAGAUGACAUCGACAAUCACGGCCUGCAAAUUGUGCAUGGGAUUAAGAGAAUUUGGGGGCAGAUGCCAGUCUCCAGUACUGCGCAGGAUGACUAG